AUGAAUUUGAAAAUACUCCCCCUGUUGAUAUUCCCAUUUCUUCCACGGGAUGAGGGAAAAAGGACAGAAGAUGAGAAGUUCUUUUUGAGUAGGAAUCAGGGGCUAUUAUUCCCCUCCCAGAGUGGGCACAGAUUAGAUAGGAGGAGAAAAAGUGGACGCUACCUCUUUAUAGGGAAAAAUAAAGAGAAGAGUAGUGUUUCUCCAAAUUUAAAAAAGAAUACACCCACAAAUAUUUGCACAUUAAAAAAUGAUGGUUCUUACAUGGAGAAAUUAGGAUGUGUAAAAAACCGCAUAAUUAAUUUUUUCAGGAGAGAAAAAACUAUGAUCGAUAAGAUAAAAAAUUUAAAUGAGCAGGAGAGUCUUUGGUUUGUCACUGGGUAUGCCAAAAAUUUGUUCAGUGAAAAUUCAUAUUAUCACAUUAUCGGUUUCGAGCACAUAAAAGAGGUGGACUUGAAGACACUGGCUCGUUUAAAUAGGGUCCCCCCUUUGGACGAUUUGCUCCCUGGGGAUGAUGCGCGGAGGGGCAACUAUUUGGUGGUGGCCGCUUACAGAGUGGACAAGCGUGUGGUUUUUUACAAAAAUGGACAGUUUGGACCUAUGGGGGGGACAUGGCACGUAGGAACCUCGGCUGGGGAUCCGCCGACCUCCAUUUCGAGAAGCACUUGUGGAAGUUCCGGAAAAAUUGCCACGGCAAGAUCCACCGCUGAGCCCCGCAGGAACCAGAACUACAUGCUCUGCUCCUACGCGUACUUCAUAUUCUACGUGUACGAUAAGGAAAAGAAAAAAUAUUACAUGUGCACAAGGGACAUGAACGAAGAGUGCUCCCUUUACGAAAUGGAUAAUUUGGAAAAAGAAGAUCUGUACCAUUUUCUGUACAAUUGCACUUCAAGCAAGAAGGACCUGCAAAAUAUUGAUGUCGUCUCUUUGAUUAAGAAGAACAUUACAGUAAAACGCGCAACAGAUGAUAUGUCCACGGAGGAACUUUUAAAUGUGCACAAUUACACUAAUAAGUUUAAUUCGUAUUUGAAAAGGCUAUUCAACAUGUGCCAUAAUUCAGACAUUCUCCUGGAAAAUAGAAUGAACAGAAAAAAUGAACAGACAAAUAUUACCUUCAUUUUUGCAAAUAUCAAUUUUUUAUUUAAAAAUAAAACCUAUUUGGAAUAUUUAAAAAAUUUUUUUCUUAAAAAUGAUCAACAGAAGAAUCUGCUCGAACUUAUUUUUAAGGAUAACAAGGGGUACAAGUUUUACGUCCAGAAUGAUGUAACGGAUAAAUCAUCCUACGUGCUCAGGUGCACCAAAAUUAGCAAAAAGAAAUUCGAUAUGGUGUGCAAAAAAUUACGCACAAUUUAUGAAUAUAAUAGUUGUAAUGCAAAGGGGAAGGAAGAGCAAGAAAAGGAGGAUCCUUUUUUUGUUUACGCCAAAAUUUUAUUUGAUAGUUAUGCGAAAGAUUUGGCUAGUAGUGAAAAAAAAAAAAAUUUCCGUGGAGAGGAAAAUUACGCCCACAGGAGUAUUUACAUAAACAUCGGCUCAAACGAUUAUUUUGAAGGCGCAGAAGACAUAUCAUUUAGCACCGUUGACCAAGGUCUUUUAUUCAACUUGACAAAGAAUUUUAUGGACAGUCUAGUUUCCUGCAUACAUGUGUAA